GUCCAAUCAGCUCAUCAAUGCCGUGCCCCAAUCUGUGUUUGGUAUGCAAAUUGUGCAAGUUCCUUCUCUUGGUUAUCCGCAUUGAGCUUAACCGAUACCUCACUUUAUGUUACAUUAAUGACGUCUGGCGACUUUUGAUACUUAAAGAUCUCACAGAACGACACCCGGUCUACUACAAGGGAUUGAAAGGUAGCGUUUCCGCUAUGUUUGUUCCACGAGUAUUCCGGUAACUGGUCAUAAAGCUGUUAGCUAGUAGCCUAGCAUAGCGUAUGCUAGCCAGCGAGUUCGCCGGUACAGGCGGACCUCUUUGUCUGACAGGGGAAGGCGUGCUCUUUGUUAAGGCUUUUCCCUUUGUCCACUUGGAAAAGCGGAACUGUUAGGCCAGCAUUACAUAGUUAUCCACAGUGCUAACGUAUUUAGAAAAUGCAAGUCGCGAAAAAAUACUUCACAGAAGGCCUGAUUCAGUUGACCAUCUUGCUCAGUUUGGUUGGAGUUCGUGUGGACAUCGACAGCUACUUAAGCGGCUACUAUUCGCCGCUCAUUGAAAUUAACUUGGGUCCUAGCUCAGCCUACACCCAAACACCAUUCCACAAUUUGAGAGACACUCUUGGGGGAUACACCGUGCACCCUAAAUGCCCCGAAUUGGAUUAUUUCUUUGCGAGUCGCCGGCUGUUAGACGAGGUUAGGACGCUUGGUUCUCCGCGGUUUCCCACACAGUUGAACGCAUGGCUGGUGCACCAAGUGUCGGCCAUUGACAAGUCUGACAGUGGGCAGCCCUCAACGAGCACCAGCACAGACACCGACACAGACCUUGACAUCUCCGGGUUCGACCAAGCCAGUGAUGACGGUCAGCACCUACUUGACAGCGACCAAGAGCUACAGCCAACAUCUUCACCGGUGGGGCCAUGUGUAGCUGGAGUCAACAGGGUUAUAAAACAGGAGGAAGUUGACAUUAAAGAGGAGGAGGAAUCUGCUCCAGUCACUCAACUGGCACUCAGUUCCACUCUUGAACAAGAGAGUGUGUUUGAAGGCAUCACUUCACUGUCAGACCCAGCACGACAGCCCCCUCCCACAACUGACUUUGAGCAGCACUGGAGCAGCUUUCUGUCAAUGCCUGUUGCUGACCUUGAAGACUUGGACUCCCUUGUUACUGAGCCUUUGUCAGACCUCGACACAGACGUCACAAGCGGCAUCAGCCUGGAUGCCACAUUGCUGGAUGCCAUGGUAACCAGCAGCAGCGCUUUUGAUGCCAGGCAGCAGCGUUCCUUAUUCCGACAGGAAUCCACCAGCUCCUCCCGCUCAGACGCUUCACCGGGGAUGGCUCUGGGUCUGGCAGCGCUACCCUUUGCAUCGGUGUGUAGUUUAACUGGCGGCGUGUCCUCGCAGAACUCGCUGGGCGACUGCCUGGACGAGGCCGUCUUUGACCAGAUCAAUCAACUGGGUUUGGAGGGCUUGGACACCAUUGACUCCCAGCUGAUGGGCACAUUGGGUGUCUUCCAACCACAUGUCCUUGAGGAUUUGGACUCUGACUCUGGUCUCUCUUUGGAGAGCAGCUCUGGCGGCCCAGUCUCCCCAGGCUCAUCUGAGAUGUCCUCGUCAUCGAGUUCAUACUGUGAAGAUGAAUGUGGAGCCACAGGCUACAGCAGCGAGGUGGAGUCGCUCCCAUCUAAAGGCAUUAUAGACCGUGAUGCCCUGUGGCCACCUGUGGAUGUGAGUGAGCGCGUGUGGCACGACCACAGCUACUCAUCUCCAGCCUUCUUCAACCAGCCCACAGUCACUCUCCCCCACAAAGGCAUCAAGGAGGAGCCCCUGAGUGAUGACGAAGGGCCUAGUCUAGAGGAGCAGGAACUGAGUCGAGACGAACUGCGUGCCCGCGCUAUGUGCAUCCCGUUUUCCGUCCUGCAAAUCGUCAACAUGCCCGUGGAUGAGUUCCUGGACAUCGUCGACGGGCACGGCUUCUCCCCUGAGCAGGUGACCCUCCUCAGGGAUAUCCGACGGCGGGGGAAGAACAAGUUGGCUGCGCAGAACUGCCGCAAACGCAAACUAGAUGCCAUCACGGGGCUUCAGGAGGAGGUGGAGCGACUUCAAGCUCAAAGGGACACGCUGCUGUGGGAGAAGCAAAUCACGGCCAAGACGAUGGGGGCCGUGGGGCAGCAGAUACAACAGCUCACCAGAGACGUCCUCGCUCGGCUCAGAGAUGAUUCAGGACAGCCCCUGAACCCAGACAGAUUCACCCUGCAGUGCGGGACCAAUGGGAGGGUCGUAGUUCAGCCUGUAAGAAGGCCUGCUGUCUCCACAUCGCGCAGCAAUAAAACGGACAAGAGAAAGAAGGGCAAAAAGCAGUGAUGCAGUAUUUCUUGCUUAAUCCUAAGCCUUUUUUUGGUGGACUUUCUUGCCUUUCUCUGGCUGCGGGAUCUCCUCUUACGGAGACUCUUAAGUGUGUGUGUGUGUGUGUUUUGAACCACUGCUGUUGGGAGUCUAAACCAGCUAAAGCUGCCAAAAAAAUAAAACACACAAAAAGAGUAAAUGGAAAAGUAGAUCAAGAUGACGUGAGGAAAACAAAUGUAGCUUACACACUGGACAUCCUUUUUCCUUUGAGAUGGACACCUGGGGUGUUGAAAAGAACAACUUUAUGUGAUGCAACGUCUCUUUACUUGCCUGUAAACUUUCAGAUUAAUCACAUUAAUCAGAAAUCUAUCAGGCGUGUUUAUGCAUCAGCAUGGCCAGCGAAGAUAUUGUUGGAGUCUUGUUAGUUUUAUUGUAUCCUCCCAAUGUACCUACAAUACAAGCAGGUGGUUAAAAGCUGUAUUUAUUGAUCAAAGUUCCUGAAAUGCUUAUUAUAUGCAUCAAAAACUGUCAAUGACAGUGUAUUUUUCUUUCCAUUAUAGCAACUUUAUCCUAAAGUGACAAACGGAACAUUACGCAUCUAAGGUUUACAGAUUUAUUUCAAAUGUUUGAAAGUGUAUCGCUGUGUAGAAGUUUAAAUGAAUGGAUUGUGUUCUUGUGUCUUGAUGACAUACAGUAUACCAAUGAUUAAACUGACAAGGCCUUA